AAUAAGAGGAAUAAUCAUUAGUAAAGCAAAAGCCAAAGCGUGUGGUUGGAUCAGCAGGAAAUUUAUCUUGACUGAAAACGAGCAGUAUUUUUUAGAAGUUACUUUUUUUUAUUGUAUAGUUUUUGUUUUACUUAGGCGAUUUUAUAUAUUGACUGUGAUAAACAAUAAGUGUUCUCAAAUUAAUUUUAAAACAAAUAAUAUCUAUAACUACAUUCAAAUAUUUGCUGAAAUAAUUGUUAGUUUUUAGUGAUUAUAAUUUGGCAAAAAAAUAUAAAAAAAUGUCGUGUAAUAAUUAUGAUGUUUUCAACUCUUUACCAGUAGACAAUUUCAUUUUCAACUCCCACGAAGAUGUCAUCCUUUCGUCGCCCAUUCAAACACAAAGUCUUAGACAUACACUGAUUUUUGGUAUGAAUCUUUUCAAUCAUAUAGUCAUUGUGGUGCUAACUCUAGCCAUGGCCUACAAAUGUUGGCUGUUGGAAUUUAAAAAGACUGCCUUACAUGCUCAUUUGUGUACGAUGGGUUUUGUUCUCUUAAUGGCUGAAGGCAUGAUGGUGCGCUAUCAAGGCAAUUUAUUGCUCAAUCGAUAUAUGCAAUCCUCCACAAAAACCCUAAUACAUGGUUUGUUGCAAUUUGUGGGAGGUUCUUUGGGCAUUGGAGGCACGUUACAAAAGUAUUGGGGCAAGGAGACACAUUUCAAAUCGAUACAUGCUAAAUUAGGUCUAGCAGCUUGCAUUUUAUGUGUUAUCAAUUUUGUUAGCGGCUUGGUUAGUCUCUUCUUUCCAGCCUCCCUUGGCGCUAUGCGUUUAUUCCAUGGCAUUUUGGGUUUGUCCACCUUUAUUAUUGGCAUGUUGUGUCAGUUUUAUGGCUAUGAGACUGGUUUCUUUAAUCGUAAUUUCUCUGUUAGACAAAAACAUUUUUAUAAAUUUUUUACCCUUGUGAUUUUAGCUUUAACUACAAUUGGACCACUCAAAUUAAUGGUCUUUAAAUUAAACAAAUUAAUUUAUGAAUCUCUGUGAAAUUAUUUUAGUUGAAUUUAAUAGUUUUAAGAAGAAAAUUGUUGUUUAGUUUUGUUUAGAAAAUAAAUUUUUUACCAAAUAAAAUUGUUGUAAAUAAUUUAAUGAAA